AUGUGGCCCGGCCAGGCCAUGACUCUGAAAGUUAACCAGAUCCUGCACCACGAGAAAUCCAAGUAUCAAGAUGUCCUGGUCUUCGAGAGCAGUGACCACGGCACAGUCCUCGUUCUGGAUAACGUUAUCCAAUGCACAGAGCGCGAUGAAUUCUCAUACCAAGAAAUGAUUACCCAUCUCGCCAUGAACUCUCAUCCUAACCCCAAGAAAGUCCUUGUCAUCGGUGGAGGUGACGGCGGAGUUCUCCGUGAGGUCGUCAAGCACGAGACUGUCGAGGAGGCUAUUCUGUGCGAUAUCGACGAGGCCGUCAUCCGCGUCUCGAAAAAGUACCUGCCAGGGAUGAGCGUCGGCUUCCAGCACCCCAACGUGACAGUCCAUGUGGGCGAUGGCUUUAAGUUCCUUGCGGACCGCAAGAAUGAAUUCGACGUGAUUAUCACCGACAGCUCAGACCCAGAAGGGCCGGCGGAGGCUCUGUUUCAGAAACCAUAUUUCGAGCUGCUCUUCAACGCCCUGCGUGAAGGCGGUGUCGUUACGACUCAAGGUUCCGAAAAUCAAUGGCUUCAUCUGUCUCUCAUCACCGAACUAAAACGAAAUAUCCGCGAGAUCUUCCCUGUGGUCGAGUACGCCUACACGACGAUCCCCACCUACCCCUCGGGCCAGAUUGGGUUCAUGGUCUGCUGUAAAGAUUCGAGCAGGGAUGUACGCGAGCCCGUGCGCACCUGGACGCGCGAGGAAGAGGAGAAGUUGUGUCGUUAUUACAACAAGGAGAUUCACCGGGCGAGCUUUGUAUUGCCGAAUUUCGCAAGAAAGGCGUUGGAACAGUGA